UUUAAACAUCCUUAUUCCUUCGACAUUUUCAUUUUGUGAUUUGAUUAACAAUUUGAUUGAUUCUUUUCUUUCUCGUGAUUUUCCAUGAGUUUUGAUACGUAAAAAUUAUUAUUGUACGGUUUUGUUUAAUCAUAUUAUGCUUCCUAACAAACCUAAAUCAAAGUUAAGACGUAUUUUUGGUGCAGCUGCGGCUAGUAUAAUAGUCUUUGAAGUUGCCGGUGUAGCUGUUACUUACGGGCUCUGGUACAAAUUAAAUACUGAAAGAGAUUUUCGUUUGUAUAUGUACAAAAAUUACAAUUGGAUAAUAGAGGGUUACUAUUCCGUGGGUGAAACUGUGGGUGGGUUAAAAACUAGAGAACAGGACAAGAAAAUUUGGGAAAACGAAGGGAAACUAUAACUGGUGAGAUGAAUAUUGCUGCUAGGUCUCUCUUCUGGAUUAUCUCCAUUGGCACAAUCAGUUAUGGCCUCUUCACAUUUGUCAAACCUGAUGAUGACUUAAUUAAGCAGUUUGAUAAAGACUCAAAACAUACAACUGCAAGACAAGUCAGUCGAGACACUGUGUCAGUUCUUCAAGAAGCCCUAAACCCAGACUCGGACAUAGAAAGGCUCAGUAGAAGGGAAGCACAGCGUAUUGAGAAACUACAAAAAGCACACAAAGCAAAGGAGGAUGUAGAUGCAUCAAAUGAAAAUGAAGAAUAUUUUUCAGGAGCAUUUAAAAUUCGUGCAGAAAUUGUCGAGCAUUUACUUUCCCAAGUCCCCACUUUGGAAAUAACAAUUCUACCAGCCCACUUUGAUAAUAUUAAAAGAGAAGUUAAUGAAUUGCAAAAAUUUGUUGUCACUUCAUCCUUUUUUCUUAAAGAAUUUAAUUUGCGUAAAUAUCUUGGUAUUGUCCAAAACCUGCAAACCAAAUGUUAUGAACUGGAAGACAGAUAUGUUCCCCGGAAGAAGUUUGGGUUUUCAAGAAAAAAAUUGCCCAAAUCUCACACAGGAAAGCAAGAUUCCCUGGAUGAAAAUGAUGGAACUGGUAAAAUUGACAGUAAUAAAUGGGAUGAAAAAUUAUUUGGUUUCGAUUCCAAGGAAAAUGAAGUUUUAUCUAUAGGCAAUGAAGAGCUGUAUCAGAGAGAUGUGGCAUUACGUAAUUUAAAGAAUUGUACUGUAGUUUUGUGUGGGGUUAUGGCAACUUUACAUUUGACAAAUUUGGAGAGCUGCAUUAUUCUUUCGGGUCCAGUGACUUCAUCUGUGUUUGUGGAUAAAUGCAAUAAUUGUAAAAUUGUGACUGCCUGUCAACAGCUUCGUAUGCACACUUCGACUAAAUGUGACAUAUACUUACACGUAACGAGCAAAGGAAUUAUUGAAGAUUGUACACAAAUACGGGCGGCUCCAUAUAACUUCAAUUAUGACAAUUUAGAAAAGCAUUUCAGCAUGUCAUCUUUGGAUAAAAACAGUAAUAAUUGGAAUACUUUAGAUGACUUCAAUUGGCUGGCUCCAGAUGUACCAUCUCCAAAUUGGUCAAUAUUAGAGUCAACCCGACGUAUUUCUAAUUGGACAGAACUGUGGUCCGAGCUGCCCUCAGUAUAUUUUCAUUAACAAAGUAACAGCUGAUGCCUCCCUUUUUUGCUUCUUUGAUACAAAUUAAUACUAUAAUUUAUAAAUGCAUUUUUAUUUCGAGGUGCUUGAGUCUUAACAGCUAAUUUGGUAGUUUCAUAUGAGUAGAUGUAGAAAAUUUGUUGUAACAGCCUUGUUAAUCUUAGUUAGCUUUAUUAAAUCAACUAAUGACAAAUAAAAUGAUUUUAUAUAUUA